GGGAGGCAGAAGUUGCCCAGGAGAGGAGAAGGCGGACUCCCGCUCUGGCUUCCCUUCCUCCCCACUCCUAACAUGGGCUUCGCCCUGGAGCGCUUUGCGGAAGCCGUGGACCCGGCCUUCACGUGCGGGCUGUGCGGCCAGGUGCUGGACGAGCCGGUGUGCGCGCCUUGCGGCCACGUCUACUGCGCCAGCUGCCUGCUGCCCUGGGCGGCGCAGAGGCGCCGGUGCCCCCUCCAGUGCCAGCCUCUGGCGCCGGGCGAGCUGCGCCCCGUGCUGCCGCUGCGCAGCCUCAUCCAGCAGCUGCGCGUCCAGUGCGACUACCGCGCGCGCGGCUGCGGCCACACGGUGCGGCUGCGGGAGCUGGCGGCGCACGUCGAGCGCUGCGCCUUCCGCCUCGCCAGCCGCGGUGGCCGCCGCCGGGGCCGCUCGGCGGGCGCUGGGGACGGCGGGGCCGCGCGGGGAGCCGGGGUGCGGGGCCUCGCCUGGGGGCGGCGCGAGAAGGCGCUGGCGGCUCAGCUCUGGGCGCUGCGCAGCGAGGUGCAGCUCACGGCGCGCAAGUACCAGGAGAAGUUGACCCAGUACAUGGCUCACAUCCGCAGCCUCGCCAGGGACCCGGGCGGCGGCCUCGGCAGGGAUGGAGAACAGAAGCCCUUUACUAUUGUGUUAAAAAGAGAAAAUGACACCUUGGGAUUCAACAUUAUAGGAGGUCGACUAAAUCAGAAUAAUCCAGAAGAAUCGUCCACUGAAGGGAUUUAUGUUUCAAAAAUUUUAGAAAAUGGACCUGCUGACAAAGUCAAUGGACUGGAGAUUCAUGAUAAAAUCAUUGUGGUCAAUGGGAAGGAUCUCUCAAAAGCUACCCAUGAAGAGGCAGUGGAAGCUUUUCGAAAUGCCAAGGAGCCCAUUGUGGUGCAAGUGUUAAGGCGGACGCCGCUCAGCAGAGCCUCCUAUGGGACGGUCCCGGACGUGCAGCUCAGGAACGCCAGCACGCAGACAGACAUCACCUUUGAGCACAUCAUGGCCCUGGCCAAGCUCAGGCCACCUACCCCUCCCGUGCCAGACGUCUGUCCAUUUCUACUGUCAGACAGCUGCCAUGCUCUUCAUCCGGAGGAGCAUGAAUUUUAUGAGGACAAUGAGUACCUUUCCAGCCUGCCGGCAGAUGCAGACAGAACAGAAGACUUUGAAUAUGAGGAGAUCGAGUUGUGUCGUGUUAGCAGUCAAGAGAAGCUGGGCCUCACAGUCUGCUACCGGACGGAUGACGAAGACGAUGCAGGCAUUUAUGUCAGCGAAGUGGAUCCAAACAGCAUCGCAGCCAAAGAUGGCCGAAUUCGAGAAGGUGAUCGAAUUUUGCAAAUAAAUGGGGAAGACGUCCAGAAUCGAGAAGAGGCAGUGGCGUUGCUGGCGAGCGACGAGUGUAAGAGAAUCGUGCUGCUUGUUGCAAGACCAGAGAUUCAGCUGGAUGAAGGCUGGCUGGAAGAUGAAAGGAAUGAAUUCUUAGAGGAGUUAAACUUGGAAAUGUUGGAAAAGCAGCAUAAUGAAGCAACGCGGCGCACUGCUGAUGAGGUGGAGCAGCCAAAAAAGCAAGAGGAAGAAGAAGGUACAACAGAUACCGCGACAUCCUCCUCCAACAACCAUGAAAAAGACAGCGGGGUAGGGCGCACAGACGAAAGCUUGCGAAACGAGGAGAGCUCAGAGCAGGAGAACGCAGCCGAGGACCCCAGCGGCACAUCUUUGAAGAGCAAGCGAGAGCUGGGACACAGCCAGGAUACCCUGGGAAGCGUUGAGCUUCAGUGCAAUGAGAGCUUCGUGUCUGGUGAGUACAUUGACUCGGACUGCGUCGGCAACCACGACGAGGAGUGUGAACGGUUCCGGCAGCUCUUAGAGCUCAAGUGCAAAAUCCGCAGCCGUGGAGAGUAUGACCUGUAUUACGCCAGCAGCACGAUUGAAUGCAACCAAGGGGAGCAGGAGGGCGUAGAGCAUGAGCUACAGCUGCUAAAUGAAGAGCUGAGAAACAUUGAGCUGGAAUGCCAGAAUAUCAUGCAGGCUCACAGGCUCCAGAAAGUGACAGACCAAUAUGAGGACAUCUGGGCUUUGCAUGAUAGAGGAUUCCGAAAUUAUAACACCAGCCUAGACAUGCAGAGGGGUAAAUUAGACGACAUUAUGGAACAUCCAGAGAAGUCAGACAAGGACAGUUCUAGCGCUUACAACACAGCGGAAAGCUGCAGAAGUACCCCACUCACUGUGGACCGUUCCCCGGAUAGUUCCCUGCCCCGAAUGAUCAACCUCACCAAUAAGAAAAACCUGCGAAGCACCAUGGCCACCCAUCAGUCCUCCGGACAGAGUAGCAAAGAGUCAACAUCCACCCGAGCCAAGGCCACGGAACAGGGGUGCAGCACGGAAAGCCAGGAGCAGCUUUUGGAAACCAGCAAGUUUGCCAACCCGGAGAAGACAGUCUGUGAGCCAGUCCCUUACCUCUCGCCCUACCACAGCUCGUCCUACAGGUGCGCCAACAUCCCAGCCCACGCCAGGCAUUACCAGAGCUACAUGCAGUUAAUUCAGCAGAAGUCGGCCGUGGAGUAUGCCCAGAGCCAGCUCAGUUUGGUGAGCAUGUGCAAGGACCCUCAGAAGGUGUCCGAGCCCAAGAUGGAGUGGAAGGUGAAAAUCAGGAGCGAUGGGACCCGCUACAUCACCAAGAGGCCGGUGCGAGACCGGAUUCUGAAGGAACGUGCCUUAAAGAUCAAGGAGGAGCGCAGCGGCAUGACCACGGAUGACGACACCAUGAGCGAGAUGAAGAUGGGGCGCUACUGGAGCAAAGAGGAGCGCAAGCAGCACCUGGUGCGCGCCAAGGAGCAGCGCCGGCGGCGCGAGUUCAUGCUGCGCAGCCGGCUGGAGUGUCUGCGGGAGGCGCCGCAGAGCGGCAGCGAGGCCCGCAAGGAGCUCAGCAUCCUGGAGCUGAGCCACAAGAAGAUGAUGAAAAGGAGGAACAAGAAGAUCCUGGACAACUGGAUGACAAUCCAAGAACUGAUGACCCACGGGGCCAAGUCUCCGGAUGGCACGAGGGUGCACAGUGCCUUCCUGUCCGUCACCACGGUAUGACCCCAUGGACCCCGGAGAGUGACUUCAAGAGGGUGCUACCAGUUUGGGUAGAGUAUGAUUGCCUCGUUCAAUGUGGCGUUUUUAUAUGCAUUUUGUGACUCUUUAUAGUUUAAAUUUUUGUAAGCAAAAAAAAUAAUAAUAAUAACCUGGUAAUUUUUCAUUUGGUGUUUCAUAUACUGGUACCUUCGUUUUUGGCUGAGGUUUUUCCUUAACUUGCGAUAUAUUCAUAUUACUCAUUUAUAAAAAACAAAAUAAAACAAAAAACAAAGGGAAGGAAAACAAAAAAAAACUUGCACAAAAUACUGAGGCUGUAAUUAAGUUCCUAUUUUAAUGUAUCUAUUGUAAGUUAAAAUCUGGAUUUAUUUCUCUAGUUUGCUUAUUUUCUACUGCAAUAACAACUCAGUGCCAAAACACUUCUAUGCUUGCUUCUUGGCAUAAUACAUGUUAAACCGGUUAAUAAAGCAUAGGCUACAUCUUGUCUUAUUCACACCCCCCAAAAGAAACCCUUUUUAACAUUCUUUUGUACAUUUACCACGUAAGUGGCCCCUUGUCUGUGUCUCUGUAAAGUGUAGGUGGACAAUCUGCCUGUGAUAUGUAGUGACCUUGGUCAUGUAGCUAGAUAACUGUGGUAAUUGUGACAAUAAAAGAGAAAUAAAUUAUUAAUUAUCCUUAAGAAGUCAUUAAGGAGUGUUUUAUUUUCAUUGUCCACUGUGGUUAACAGAUAUAAAUUAGUUAUAUGUGUAUACUGUUUAAAGACUCCUAAUUGUAGAUUAUACACUGCACAUUUUCUAUAGCUUUUUUCAAUAAAGUCUUGAAAUACUUCCUUCCUCUGGAUCAUUGUGUCACAUAUUGCUCCAGGGUACAUCGCACACCAUGUAUGCCCCGUCUCACAGAUGCUAGCUAAACAUUCGACGUGCUCCCCUUGCCUGCCACCUGUGGAAGGUAAGGCCAAGAAAAACUUAGGAAAAGAUGGAGCAUAAAAGCGUUCACAAAGUGUCGGAGAUUACUAAUAAGAGUAGGAUGUAUUUUGUUUGCUUGGUCUGUUAUAAUAAAGGCUACCGUAUGGGGCCGAAAUAACAGGAAUUUAUUUCUCACAGUUCUAGAGUCUGAAACAUUCAAGAUCAAAUACACUAGAGGUUAGAAUUUCAACAUACAGAUUCAAGGGGGGCACAAUUCAACCCACUGAACUGACUGCCUUUAUUGAGUUGAUUAUUUAGGAAUAAAAUGUAAAGAACCAGCUUUGCAAGAAUUUGUAGCAUAGUCAACUAAAAAUGCCUCAUAUGUCAGUUUAUUAAACUCCAUCAUAAUGCCUGCAGAGGAAAAGGCUAUAUGAUCCACAUGCAUGCAGACAUUAGUUUCAUCAAGUUUUCAUUCAAGCCAACAGGCUGUUUUGACAUCAUGAUUACGAAGUAUCUGACUGCUUCAGGAGUUACUGUGCUGUAUGAAAUCCUUAGUGACUCCCUACCAGCUCUUGAAUCAGGCUGUGAUGCCUCAGCAUUAGGGUCAAGGCCAUCAUCAAACUUCUCACCUGUCUUCUGCUCCUCCUCAGAUCUUCUCUGAGCUAUUCUUGGCUGUUUAAUGUCUGAUCGUUUCCCUGAAGUUAUCAGAAGUUAUUCUCCUUUAUUACAAAUCCUAUGCCUCCCGUAGUGUGUAACCACACAUAAAUUUUCUUUAGGAGUAUGUUUUGAUAUCAGACUUUCUCUGUUCUUUGGAAUACACUGUUGUGCAUAUUGUUUUGUCUGCAGCAUUUUCCUCUUUAGUUACAGAAUCAUACAAAUAGAAUUUAUUGUCUCUGCAUAAAUUUUAAAUUUGUGGAAAGAGGCCCUUAUAUCCCUGUCUUUGUAAUCUCAUGGUAAAAUACCAUUCAAAUAAUAGUCAGUAUAAAUUAGGCUAAAUUAUUUUACUCAUAUUUCUCUUCCCCAUCCGGGUCCAUGUUGCUCUUUUCCUUAUUCUUCUUCCAAAUUUCUACCUUUUGAAGGGCAAUCACAGAGGAAAACAAACUAAUCCUAUUUACAUAAAAUAAAAAUCAGGACUGUAGUUUUAAAAUAGUGGUACUAAUAACAAACCAAGGCAAAAAUUUCAUCAUUUCUAAUUGUAGCCACUAUCAGUUCAAUGAGUAAGACUACUUCAAGUGCACCCAGAGUUAACUUUUAAUCUCAUAGUUUUAAAUGAAAAUGCCUGUCUACCUUAAGGGUGUGUUUCUUUCCAUACCUAGCACCUGUGGUUACUGCUUGAGCUCUGUACACACACCUUGUACCAAUGUGUGGAUUUUCUGGAAGAAACAAAAUACAGCAUUUCCAAAGUAAUCAGUUUGGUUUUAUUUUUACUAAGGCCAAAUAUGCUUGCCAAUUUUUUAAAAAAGUGUGUUGUUGGUGUUUUUCCUGUCUGUUUAUAUACUUCAAGUUGAGAAAUGUCUCUUUUUCAAAAAUCAGUGAAAAUUUGAAGUGUUAUGCUUUAUCUUUCUACAUAACCUCCUUUGUACUAUACAUGUUUUUUAAAGUAAAUUAAUAAAUCUGUUGCUCAGCAAAAAGACAAA